CGCCCGCCACGCCGCGCUCCCUCGCAGCACUCGCGGCGGCUGGCUUCUUGGCUCCCGGUCUCACCCAGGCUUCCCGGCUGUGAUUGGCGAGAGAGCCUCCCGAGCUCCGGCGGCCGUGACAUCAGCAGAAGCGGAGCAAGCAAAAGCGAAGGGGGAGGAAGUUCACCAGCAGCACCUCAAGCCCGCUCCGAGCGCUGGCGGACGCGGAGCCGAAAGAGAAGCAUCUCUGCGCCCGGGCUGCUGGGGUGAAGUUGCAGCCGCCGCACCAACGAGCCGAGGAGGAAGAGAAGGAAGUCGUCGCUGCUGCUGCUGCUGCCGCCGAGGCUGGGCUUCCUCGAAGGCUGCUCUUUGCACCCGGGAAGGAAAGUGCAGGAAAAAGUGCAAAGUUGCGAGGUAGCCCGGAAUUCAGCGUUUCGUGCCGCUGCCAUCCCGGAGAAGGCGAAGGGCUCCUAUUUACAGCCACCCAUCCGAGAGAAAAGCGGGUGUUGGGGCUUCAUCGGCCUUGAUCCGGGGCACAGCCUGACCUCCCCUCGCCCCGGGAGACUCUCGCUUUCCUCUCCCCCCCCCCACCCCGAGUCUUCCAGAUCUUCGCCUGCCUACUCGCGAGCAGACAUGUUUUCCAGCCAAUCCGGGCCUGGGAGCAGGGCGCCGGCGGCACGUCCACUUUCCCUUCACUCUCCAUCCAGACGGCGCCCUUUGAGCCUGGAGUGAUGCGGACGUCGGAAAAGGUCGCCGGGCGAAAGCAGCGAAGCGGGAUCGCCGCGUGCCCCCCACUCUUCUUCUUCCUCCUCCUCCUCCUCAUCUUCCUCCUGGUCGCGCCCGGGUUACAGCGAUUGAGCCCCGCCGGGAUGUUUUCUCCUUCGAAAAGCGAGCUGGGAUUGUGGCGGACGAGGCAUUAGAGCCAAGCGAAGCCCCGUAGCUCGGACAGGACAGCCUCGCGUCCCGGGGAAGAAGUGGAGUCGUCGUCGUCGUCCUCCUCCUCCUCCUCGCCGCCCCGCGCGCUGCCUCCGUCUCUUCUCCCCCUACGUCCUGCGCCUCCUUUGCCCCGCGGCCGGGACGCCCGAUCCUAUCCCGCUGUAGGACCAGAGCGCGGGGCCGGGGGGGAGGCGGAGCCGGAGAGCCGAGGGAAUCGCGGGACGCCGCUCGCUCGGCUAGGAGACUUCGAUGUGGAGGCUGGCUCGAUGGACGUGCCCGAGUGCGGUGCUGCUUAGGCGAUCGGUGGCAUCCUAAAAGGUUGAUGAUCAUGGUGGCCAGGACCUGCUCUCUACUAGUGCUGCUGCUUUAUCACAUGCUGCUAGGGGGCUCUGCCAGUCUCAUCCCCGAGGUGGGUGACCGGCGAAGAUUCAGUGCUGAUUUGGGCCAGCCGGCUCCGCUGCAGCUCUCGGAAGAAAUCCUGCGUAAAUUUGAACUGCGUCUGCUCAGUAUGUUUGGGCUUAAGCGGCGGCCCACCCCAACCAAGAAUGCUGUUAUCCCUUCCUAUAUGUUGGAGCUCUACCAUCUGCACACGAGUCAGAAGCCCACGUCCAUGGACUAUAGUCUGGAGAAGGCGAGCAGCAGAGCCAAUACGGUCAGGAGCUUCCAUCACGAAGAAACCCUGGAAGAGCUUCCAGAAAGAAGUGGGAAGACAUCUCGGCGUUUCUUCUUUAACUUAACAUCUAUCCCCGGUGGGGAGAUUAUCACUUCAGCUGAAUUGCAGGUUUUUCGGGGGCACAUCCCAGAUGCCGCUGAACACAACGGCAGCUCUCAUCACCGUAUUAAUAUUUAUGAAAUUCUCAAACCGGAACAAGAGGCAACCAAGGAUCCUGUCAUAAGCCUCCUGGACACCCGCUUGGUGCAUCACAACACCAGCAAAUGGGAAACAUUUGAUGUGACGCCAGCUGUAAUGAGAUGGAUUGCACGUGGACAACCUAACCUUGGUUUUGUGGCAGAAGUGGUACAUUUGAACAAUGCCAGCAAUGUGUCCAAGAGGCAUGUCAGGAUCAGCAGGUCAUUGCAUCAAGAUGAUGCUAGCUGGUCUCGGAUUAGACCCUUACUGGUCACUUUUGGGCAUGACGGCAUGGGCCACCCACUCCAUAAGAGAGAGAAACGUCAGGCCAAACAUAAACCACGCAAGCGCCAUAAAUCCAAUUGUAGAAGGCAUCCUUUGUAUGUGGAUUUCAAUGAUGUAGGGUGGAAUGACUGGAUCGUGGCCCCUCCAGGUUACAGUGCCUUCUAUUGCCAUGGAGACUGUCCCUUCCCAUUGGCAGAUCAUCUGAAUUCCACCAACCAUGCCAUUGUUCAGACACUGGUCAAUUCUGUGAACUCCAAAAUUCCCAAAGCUUGCUGUGUGCCGACAGAACUGAGUCCCAUUUCAAUGCUGUAUCUUGACGAGAAUGAAAAGGUGGUACUAAAGAACUAUCAGGACAUGGUUGUGGAAGGAUGUGGGUGCCGCUGAGGCAACAGCAAAAUUAAAGGGACAAAUGGAACAGAAAAAGUAACACACAUACACAAAACACACACACACAGACACAACUUGACACUUUAAUAUUUCCCAAUGAAGACCUUAUUUAUGUUAUGAUAUGGAGAAUUAAACACAUCUAUUUUGAAAAUCUAUUUAUGUCUACAGAAAAAAAAGUGAGGAAAGAUAUUUUAAUCAGAGAAUUAUUCCUUUUAAAGAUUUUUAAAACAUAUUUUAGUUGUACAUUUUAUAUGGGUUUAACCCUACCCCCCCUCCCCACAGCACAUGAAGUAUAAAGGUCAGAUUCUUAUUUUGUAUUUAUUUACUAUUAUAACCACUUUUUAGAAGAAUAGCUAAUUUGUAUUUAUAUGUGUAAUCCAAAACCAGCAGAAGAAAAAAACAAUAUAUAGGGUUUUGUACAUAAUUUAAAGUGAAUGGUAGUUGUUUUCAGUUGUAUGUAUUUAAGAUGAAAUGCAGAAGGGCUGUUAUGGCAAAGAUGCAUAUAUCCCAUUUUGCUUUUUGCAGUUCUACUGUUAAGGUCACAAGUGUAAACCCAAUGAAAAAGGGCUAAUCCACCCUGCUGACUCAAGAUUAUAUUGUACAAUUCUCAGGAAUGCUGCAGGGUGGGCUGUCCACGCCGUGAGAAACUCCACGCUCUCGUAGAACCAGGCUUUGCCCAGCAAAUGGAAAAGGACGACUGUCCCCACAUGAAGGCCCCAAUGGGGCUGCUAGGAAACGUCUCUGUCCCUUUGCUUCUUCUCAGCAUCUACCGAAAAGCAAAAUGUUGACGCUGUUCCUUCCCUUUGAAGGCAUCUGUCCUUUGGAAUCCAUUGUCCUGGCCAAAUACUUAAUAAAAGACCAGAUUUCCUCCGUU